UGAAGGAUAUUUCACCACAUUGUGCAAACACUACUGUGGCUUGUAUAAAUGAGUGCAGUCAUGUGUGCACAGUACUAAACUAAGUUGCUAGCUAGCUAAGAACACAGAAUAUACUGCUUAACUUCACCCUAGUGUGCAAUAGAGGCCAUGGCAAGUUGCUUGGAUCAAGAAUUGGAUCAAGAAGAGGAUCAAGAAGAAGAAGAGACUAGCUCGACUACUGUAGACUUCAAUAACUAUGAGAAGAUGCCUACUGACACCAAUGGUUGGGUCUCCAAGAAGCUAGAUGCUAUCAAAGAGUGGGUAGCCCUGGAGAAAGUCCACGGUGCUAACCUGUCCUUCACAGCACAGCAUGUUGGCCAAGAUGUGAGUGUCAAGGUGGCUAGGAGAAAUGCCUAUCUCAAUGAGGGGGAGAAUUUCUUUAGCAUGUACCAACAGAAAGGCUUUGUGGAGGGGACCAUUGAGAAAGUAAAGAAGCUGUUUGAAGAAAUCUGUAAGACGCUGGAAAGUCCUGUGCUUGCUGUCACAGUCUAUGGAGAGCUGUUCGGUGGCUGCUACCCUCACCCAGAUGUGCCAGCUGUCCCCAAGCUGCGGCCAGUCCAGAGGGAGGUGGUGUAUUGUCCUGACCUUCGGUUCAUGGCCUACGACAUUGCAGUAAUUCAUCAGUCCUCCACACAGUCAGAGACUGAGCAUGACAGAAUGUACCUGGACUAUGACAUAUGUGUAGAUUUGUUCAAGUCGUGUGAGCUGCUCUAUGCUGAGCCUCUUGUGACUGGCACCUUACAGGACAUGCUGGGUUACCCCCUGGGUUGGGACAGCAAGAUACCCGCCAAGUUGGGAUUCCCCCCACUUCCUGCUGAUGUCAAGAAUCCGGCGGAGGGGAUUGUUGUCAAACCGAUGAAAAAUGUGAUGUUGGAGACAGAGAGGGACCCGGAACUUGUGAGGGUCAUUUUCAAGAGGAAGAUCGAUGGAUUUCGAGAAACGCAACCUCGAGAAAAGAUAAGUAAGCCUAAGGGGAAAACUACAGAGUAUAACCAAGACUACGAACUGGUCAAGUGUGAGAUGUUUCUCAUGGUGACGCAACAGAGGCUGGUGAACACAAUCUCAAAACUGGGGCUUCCUGAUUCGACGGUUGACUCGCAACGUGAAGUACGAACCAAGUGGAACAGUAUUUUGAGCGGCCUUGCAGCUGACGUGCUGGAGGAGAUGGAAACGGUCCACGAGGAUUUGUGGAAAUCAUUCAAGAGAGAACAAUCUGCUAUGGUGGGUAAACUGAAGUCUGAACUCAAAAGGGAGUGUGGCCUGGCCGUGAAAGAGUACAGGGAACACAAUGCGUAGAACAGUAACUGCAUACGUUAUAAUUAUGAUGUAUUUUUAUAUAAUUAUCAUUUUUUAGCACUGAUUAUUAGAUUCGAAUUUAUUGUUUGUGUUAACAACUCGUUGAGUAAAUUAACUCAGUGAAUUGCUAUUAA